GAACUUUACCGCUCCUGCCCGAGGGGGCUUUUAGCUCUCUUUUAGGAUUUGGGGGAUUUCCUCCCCAUCUUUAAAGGAUCAGGCUUGAAGUUCCGCUCGGGAGGAUCCAAUUUGCUCCGGGAUGGCUCUAAGCUCCCGAGCUCACGCUUUCUCCGUGGAAGCCUUAGUGGGGAAAUCCGCAAAGAGGAAACUGCAGGACUUCAGAGAUGAGAAACAACAGCAUCGCGUGGAGAAGGGAGAGGAGGAAGGGACCGGCUGCAGAGGGGCCGGGAAAAGCCAGGGACCUGAAAAGAGACCUAAAGCAGACACAUCGGCUUCUUUCUCAGCGAGCGCCGAAAGCCGAGACGCGAAGGAUGAUAUCCACGUGGAACUGCAAGGCUCUGAACUCUGGAAAAGAUUUCACGAGAUCGGCACGGAAAUGAUUAUUACCAAAGCCGGCAGGAGAAUGUUUCCCUCUGUCAGGGUGAAAGUGAAGGGUCUGGAGCCAGCGAACCAAUAUUACGUCGCCAUUGACGUGGUCCCUGUGGACUCCAAAAGAUACAGGUACGUCUACCACAGCUCCCAGUGGAUGGUGGCUGGGAACACAGACCACUCCUGUAUAACGCCCAGGCUCUAUAUCCACCCGGAUUCCCCCUGCUCCGGAGAGACCUGGAUGAGGCAAAUCAUCAGCUUCGACAGGGUGAAACUCACCAACAAUGAGAUGGACGACAAAGGGCAUAUUAUCCUGCAGUCCAUGCACAAAUACAAACCGAGAGUGCACGUGAUUUUGCAGGAUUCCAGAUUUGAUCUGGCCCAGAUCCAGUCUCUGCCGGCGGAAGGCGUUAAAACCUUUUCAUUUAAGGAAACCGAAUUCACCACUGUUACGGCUUAUCAAAACCAGCAGAUUACCAAGCUGAAAAUAGACAGGAAUCCCUUUGCUAAAGGAUUUAGAGACCCUGGGAGAAACAGGGGAGUGCUGGAUGGACUUUUGGAAACAUAUCCAUGGAGGCCACCACUUACUCUGGAUUUUAAGACCUUUGGUGCAGAAACCCAAGAUGGAAGUUCUGGUUCUUCACCUACGGCCUCAAGUGGUGGGACGCCAUCUCCUCUGAACUCCUUGCUUUCUCCAUCUUGCUCACCUCCUACGUUUCACUUGUCAGCAAGCAACAUUGGAGGGUCAUGCCCUGAAACAUAUCUACAUAAUCUCAAUUUGCCCCUUUACUACAAGAUUUGUCCGACAAGCCUUUUGAGACAACAGUCACUUGUAUUUCCAAGCCACGAAAAACUGGGAGGCACCAAUCCACAUGUUUUACCCCACUUCAUGGUGGAUGUGCCUGUGCUAUCUUCCCUUGGCAUAACAAAUCUGAAAAAUGGUAAAUCUGAAGACUUAACUGGGCAGUGUCUACAAGUACCCAGUUCUGCUAAUCAAAUGUUGUAUGGACUACAUGCAUCUGGAAACAUUUUCCCAUCAAGUCCCAUUGCUCGGGAAGCACUUAAUUGUUCUUUACAUUCUCCAUAUGGCUUGUAUGGUUAUAACUUUUCUAUGCCAUCUAGACUGAUGAACACAACAAGCCAUUUCAAAGUGAAUGACAGCAUUCCGACUUCUUUUAGAGGUGGCAGAUGUAAUCAUUCUAACUGGCACUCAGCAAUUAAUCAUUGCCUCUAAUGGAACUAUAGAACAUUUCUAAUGCAGUGACAUGUAAGCAAGUCUUUUCUUCAAUCAUUCCUAAGGUUUACUGAUUAUUGUAUAUAAAGUGCUUCAUAAUCCAGGAGUGACCUGCCUAGAUAUUUAACAUUUCAUGUGCAACUAGGUUGUAAAAAAUGUUCUGAGCAUGGGGGACAACAAAAUAGCCAACAACAGAGAGAUGCCUUUUGGUAAGAGUUAUUUAUGUAAUGUUCAUAGGAUAGGUGCAAACUUUACAUUCACCCUUUUAAUCUUUGCACUUUGCAGCAGGAAUGAACCUCAGUGUUAAGGAGCAACUAAGUAUAAUAAAUGUGCAGUACUAUAAACAUUAUUUUCAUGAAACUCUUUAUCUAGCUUCCCCUUUAGUUACCUUGAAGAUGAAGGGCUAGCUUCUGCUCACCUUACUUGAGUUGUCCUACUGAUGUUAAUGGGACUAUCUGAGGCCCUGAUUUAGCAAACCAUCCCUAUUCAGCUAUGUGCUUAAGCCCAUGCUUAAGACCUAUUGACUUUAUGGGGCAUACUUAGAGCGAAGCAAGCAUCUUGCUGCCUCAGGACCUGAAUGAACCAGCUUAGCAGGAUUUGGUCCCAAAUCUAAACAUUAGAUGUUGAAGGAAGCAAAAACUGACCAAACGUCCAAGGGCUUGAUUAUUCCUGGCCUGGAGUGGUGGGAAAAGGGUGUCUGAUGAGAGGAGGGUACAAAGAGCCUUCCUGACCCUGUGUGUGCCCCUACACAGCACAGUCUGCUCAUUAUGCUUUCCUAAGGACUCCGCUAGAUAAUGCUGAAAGUGGCACUAGCCUGUCCCAAAGUGGGCAGGGAGGACAGGGAAGGGCCAUGUCUGCCUUCACUUUGGCCAGCUGGUCCCCAUAAGGGGAGCUCAGGAAGCAGAUCUCAGAGCUCCAGGAAACAUUGAGCCUAAGUGAGACAAAACUCUUCCUGAAGCACUUGCUGGGGCAGUGCUCAUCUGCAUCUCCUCCAACCCCUCGGGCAUGAAGGAAAAUAGGAAUUGCCAGACUGGAUCAGACCUACAGCCCAUCUAGUCCAUUAUCUUCUCUCUAACAGGGACCAGCAUCAGGUGCUGCAGAGAAAGGUAUAAAAACCCUACAGCAGUCAGCUAUGGGGUAAUCUGACCCCCAUAGAGAUCUCAUACUGAUCCCUAAGAGCUAGCGAUUGAUAAACUCUGAAGCAUGAGGUUUUAAUUCCCUCCCAAUUUUUUUUUUUAGCAUUAACUGUUCUAACUCUGGAUAGUCUUGUUACCCACGUAAAUAUUCUCCACCCCGCAAGGGCACAAUAUAACGCUAACAGUUAUCCACAAUUGGAAGCAUGCUGUUUAUUUUUCUUUACUUGAUGUAUGUUCAGGCCCUUCCUGAAGUCAGUUGAUUUGUACGUCUAACUUGAUAUAUAAUAGACAUUUGCAGAGAAUAUUUGACAGGAAUUAGCCACGUUGUGGAAUUAAAAUGAGAGAGAGAGAGAGAAUCCUGAAUUUACAAACAUAAAAAUGAAAAGGAAUACUUGUGGCACUUAGAGACUAACAAAUUUAUUUGAGCAUAAGCUUUCGUGAACUACAGCUUACUUCAUCGGAUGAGCUGUAGCUCACGAAAGCUUAUACUCAAAUAAAUUUGUUAGUCUCUAAGGUGCCACAAGUACUCCUGUUCUUUUUGCGGAUACAGACUAACACGGCUGCUACUCUGAAAUAUAAAAAUGGUACUACAUUGCAAAUACACGUGGAUUUAAGACUGAAAAGUUAUUGGCAAAAUUCUAUUUUUACUCUCAUUCAUAAAUUGUUGUGAAACUAGACCAAAACAGGAGCUGUUUAAAUAACACAGUUUAAAGAUUUACUGUCACAGGACUUUGUUAAAAUGAAAUUGCAUUCCGGAGAUUGGUAGACUUAACUUUUCCUGCUGGUAGAGCUGCCUGUGACCUAGUCACAAAACUCUCAUAUAUAUCAAUAAGAGAUGAGUACUUAGGGUAUACAUAACUCUAUUAAAUUGAUAUCAAAACAGUUAGUAAUAUUGCAAAAAGGAGGAUAUCUGUAUUCUAAUGUUAUUUUUUAGCAAUGUCUAGGAUUUUUUUUAAUUAAAAGUGAAACAUUGCAAUGAAGCACUGUUUAUAACUAAAUGUCGUACAACCACCUUCACGCAUAAUGGGACAAUUCCUGGCUGCUUUACUCAUAUGAGUAGUUCCAUUGAAGACAAUGGACCAGGUUUUGCCACAUUGGUAUCACAGAGAUCAGAAUCUUUGUUCAUCAGGAGUGCUCACGAGAAUAACAGGAGCAAGACAUGGUCCUAAAUCUUGAAUAUAUUACUGGGGGAGCAGGAGGAGGAUCUUCUAGAUCAGUCAUUUUUUUCUGGGUGGAUGCAAAUGGUAAAUCCCAAAUUCCACAAUAACAGUAGUGAUUAAAUAAAAUAUUACAAUUAUGAUAGAUUUGAAGUUGUGGAACAAAACUGGUAUUUGUCCACUUAAAAUAAUCGAUUGAAACCUAAGCUAUAAAUUUUUGGCAUAGAUGACUUUAUGAAAAAGUAUCAUUUAAAUCUGGAUCAAAUAAAUUAUAUUUUUAUUUCCUAGAGCUGAGCGAACAAUUUAUUUGACAAAAUCACCCUCUUUUUCCAUUCACAGAAUGUAUGACAUAAACAGAAUAUGAUUUUCUCAAAUGUAUUUGUUAUUUGAUUAACUUUUUUCCACUUUUUUUUUAACUUUUAAAAUUAGCAAUCUAACAUUUGAGUUGUAUUGUUUAAUUACAAUCAUUCUUAUGAGUCAUGUUAUAUUGUUUAUGGUUCCUGAUUGGAUACAGCUAAUUCAAGUUCCUGUUGUGAAUACAAACGGAAAACAAAUUUAAAAUUAAGUUUUUCAUAAGCAGGCAAGCAUAACUUUUGUGUUCCUUGAGCAUUCCAGGAAAACCGGAUCAUGCAAUUAUUUGCAGAGAGCAAAAAAGAGAAUGGAAACAUCGCUAAUCAAUAGUUUAAAAUGAAUAUUUAUGGGACAUUUUUGUUGUGCUCAUGCAGCUCUAUGUGGUGGUGCAAUUGUUGGCAAACUUUCAAUGACUAUAAGAUACUUCAACUAAAUUCAAAUGUACAUUUCAUUGUAAACUGGCAACAUCUGGUAUGAGCUAAAACCUAUUCACCUUACUCCCUCCUAGAGCGACUUCAGUGGUAUAGCAUGAGGAAUUUGGGCCAUAGAGUGAAUAUUCAAUACAGUGAGCCAGAUUUUGUUCUUGGCUACAAGUGUGAAAUACCACUGGCUUUACCCUUCAGGUCUGAGCUGAAAGAAAAACUAGAUUUGUUAGAUGUAUAAAGGAUAUAAUAAGAAUAAGAAUAAACUCUGUAGGCAAGAUUUUAGGCUCUAGAUGAUGUGAAUUUCUUUAACUGUUUUUUCUCUCCCCUUGCCUUUAGCUCUUAAUUUUAUCAUUUCAAACACCAGUUCUGCUCCCAUUUACUUGCUCUGGUGGUAGCACUGUAGAACAUGGAAGGAGCGAGGCUCCUGAUCUGGCUCCCACAGAAGACAAUGGAAAACCCCCAUUGACUUCAAUGGGAGGCCUAUGAGUGGGCUUCACUGGUUCUAACUCACUGGGCCACAGGUAUAAGGUACUUAUAGAACGAGAUAUUGGUAGGAAUAGUUUUAUCCAAAAAGGAAUCAACACUUUGAGUGAAAGUGUCUGGAGAAUAUUAUGCACUUUACACAUAUUAGAAAGGUGAAGGAGAAAAGGCUUCUGAUUGGUGUGAUAUUGAACUAAUGAUUCAAGAACCAUAUGAAGUACUUUUUAACCCACCCCUGUUGAGCAGUUUUUAAAUGUAAUUCUGCUGCUGUCACUGUUCCACCAAAAAGUUUUGUGGACGUUUGCAGAUUUUGACUCUGCUGCUGGACAAGUGAUUGAUAAUACAUAGACAAGGCACGGGAGUGGGGGGAGGGGGAUGCCACAUUUUGAUCCUUAUAUAGCAGGCAUUAUAUAGGCAGAGAAGCCUUUCAAAACCCUAACAGCUGACCAGACUGGAAUAAAUGACCCAAGGUUUUCGACCUGUGGCUAGACGUUUCUGCUUAGGUGGCAAAACUCUGGCUAAUUAUGCCAGGUCUGAUUUUCUUCGCUCUUACACCAGUUAUACAGCAUAGGCUUGAAUGGGAUUACUCUUGAUUUACACUGGUAUAAAUGAGAGGAGAAUCAGGUCCUUUGAUUUUAGAACAUCUAAUGUAUUUUUCCCAUUUCACUGAAUGGCACCAAGGCCAUUUUAUUCACAUUUCACUGUUCUCUCUAGCUCUAUAAUGAUUCUUUCUAAAGAUUCACCAGUUUAUGACAAAGGCCUUGAGAAUUCUGGCCCCAUAUCAAUGAAGGUGCUUACUGAAGUCCACUAACAUGGCACAUGCUGGGCUUACUCCAUGUACAGUGUAGCUAUUGGAAAGGGUGUGAUUUGAGCUUCCCUGUGGACAACGGGAGGACAUUUCACAAUCUGUGGAGUCCAUGCAGGUCAGAAAACCAGAAUUCCAAUCAGGCUGUGAAUAGCUAGCCAAGGAGACACUAUCCGGAUGCAAAGGGUCCAACUUUUGAUAAACUGGAGAGUGCCAAUUGGAACUAACAGCUACAUUUGUAAUAGCCAUGAUGGUAUUUUUGCCAGAAUUUUAACACCAUUGUAUAUAUGGUUUUGUUUAUAGUAGAAAAGCUAUGUCCAAAUGAUCAAUGAUGACUUACAAGUUUCCUUUUAGUCUUACUGUUUUAAACUGCUACUAGUGAUAACUGAGUGACAGAACAUGAGAAAAUGAAUUACCACCAUUACUUCAAAUAUUCAUAAUAGUAAAUCUUUUUUUUUUAAAAUAUGCAAACGGGAUGAAUGAAAGACAACUUCAAAAGGACCAUAUGUCCAUAACAUGCAGGUAUAUUCUAUAUACUGUACCAGUGAAGUUCUUUUCUUUACUAUUAUGUGGAUAUACAUGACAAGUGCAAAACUUCCAACUUUCUAGCCUCGGUCAGUGGAUUGAAAAUAAAAUAAACAUAAAAAUACUGUGUGGGUGAAUAAAAUAGGGAGGGAAAUACAUUUCUCAAAAGCUGAAACUUAUUCCACAAUUUAAAAUAUUGUUAAUUCAACCUUAGAUUCAAAGCUAUUCAGAAAUAUCUGAUUAUAUUUAUAGUACUCAGUGAAUUGAAUUGACAAUACUGAAAGCACUGUUUUUAUACUCCACUUUGGAAUAUGCUACAUUUGUGUUUAGAAACCUCUUCUUCAAUGAGACAAAAUAACAACAGUGUUUGUGAAUCCAACUGUAGUUUACCAAUUGGUUUCACCAGAAUUUAAUAUGUUUACUGGCUAUGUUUAAAAUAAGUGAAAUGCAUCGUUUGAACAUUGGUGGUAGUUGCUUUGAUAUAAGUGCCUUAGUAUAUAUUUUAUCUUCUAAGGUUUGGGCUGCAAUUAGAUGAUAAUUUGUAUUAAAAUUAUAUAUACAAACCUGGAUUGGAUGGCAAUAUAAAACAGACAAUUAAAUAUAUAAAACACUUGAAACAUAUCCAGUAUUAAACUUAUUUGCAUGUGUGGUUUCGGCCAUUUCAGACAUGUUGUUCCAAUAAAGUUAUAGAAAGGAAAAGGGCUAGUAUAACUUCCUCCAAAAGUUUCAGAUGUUCAUGUUUACAAAUUUGUACUGCACAUUAAUAUGUAAACAUACUCUAUUGGGAA